CGUCAAUAUAAACAUGAACGACACCCCCUUUCAGUUUUCCCUACCAUCAUAUACAUCCGAUGUUCAAAAGUUUUUGUGUUUCUAUUUCAGUUUUCUCAUAUACUACAGAAGUUUCGUAUAUCCUCUCUGGCUGAUUCUCUCUCGCUUUUAUUACCGAUCGUCAUAUGUUUGCACUGAUGAUGAAUCGAAUUCUGAUAGUUCCAGAUCCGAAUCCGGCACCAGACCGCGUGAAGUUUAUUUGCAGUCAUGGCGGCAAGAUCCUCCCCGCCCUCCCGAUGGCCGCCUCAAGUACACCGGCGGUGAUACUCGCGCAUCUAUUGGAGGAAUUUGAGGAGAAAAUAUUUACCAUCAGCAUUUGUUUCAGAUCUAUUUUUGUGAUCGUGAAGAUGGUGGUAGUGCACCACAUGCUAUACAAAACGGUCACGCAGAGCAAUGCGUGCUCCAGCAAAAUCGGUGUCACUUUUGAUCAAAGAAAUUUCAAGGUUACAGGUUUUGGUGCAUUGCUUAUCAGAUAGGAAUUACACCUAUAAGGAGUUUGAAACAAGCGAAGAUAUAGAAAAGUGGUGUAAGGAUUAUGGUUAUGAGAAGAUGCAUUCACAAUGAAGGAGCUAGGCUGGGAAGAUUACCGUGAAAAUCUGCAAAAUGGGCUGAAUAAGGGUUGGGGUUCUCAUGUCUCCCAUGAUAUAUUCUAUUGAUUCCAUUUUAUCCUAUGAAUUAUUCAAGUAACAAUAUGUUUCCUUGCCAGUUUAAGUUAUUUAGUUUGUUUACAAUUCAUAUUUGAUUUA